GCCCGCUGUAAGAAGCCGAAAGCUUAUGGGCUGUACAAAAUGAAGCACGGAGAGGGACAAGCACUCAGGACUUGCCAAUAUUUGAACCCCUACUCGUGGAUAAUAAUGCCGAGCAAUACAAACCUUCAUAACUUGUCGUCCAGGAAAAACAAGCUUCUAACCGUUCCUGCAUUGGCUCCGUAAUAUCUCUGUGCCGAAAGCUAUCGACCAGAGCACUGGAGAUAUCUGGGGACCCCACCAAUCCUUUAGAUACAUGCGGGGGUCGGUGCAUCUUCUAUCAUGAGAUCUAGUCUACCACUCGGUUAAGAUGGUGCAGCGGACUAUAAGGGAGUUCUAAGAUGCUGAUCAUUAGAUAAAGAUCUCUCGGACCCUGAAUAUCUUUUGUUCAACCUCCGCCAAGUCUUCAACUAUUGAUGCUGACCCCGUGAUAUACAAACUCUUCCCACUGAGUUCAUAGCCACUCUCGAUCGUCUAGAUUCGACUAAUCUAAGGUCGCUCCGCAACUAUGGCCUCUAUUCACGAAGAACCUGCUGCGGUCGCUCCCGCUCAGCCAAAUGAGAAGGAAAUCGAGGAAUCAAAGGACAACGUAGGCACAGAGCACGACGAAGUCAUGAAGCCCGGCGCGCCACAGAUGCGCUCGAAAGAUGAUGAUCUGGGUAUUUGGGAAACCGUAAAACAGUAUAAGCUCAUCACUGCUGUGGCGAUGGCUGGAGCUUUCGCAGCGAGUUUAGAUGGAUAUCAAAUAAGUCUCAACGGCGGGAUUGUAUCAAACAAAGGGUUCAUUCGACAAUUCGCAAAGCCAGGAACCAAGAUUAUCGACGGGAAAUAUGUCUCUGCAUGGGGUGGUAUUCAAUCCGCUGGUCAAACUAUUGGUCAGAUCUUUCUCCAGUUCGCGACCGACAAGCUCGGUCGCAAACCUGCUCUCCUUAUUCUCUGGGUAUUCCUUGUUGCGAGUAUUUUCGCUGAAUCGUUCGCAACGCACUGGUCCCAUUGGCUCGUCGCCAAACUCUUCUCGGGUGCUGGCGUGGGAAUGCUUCAAGCAACAAUGCCAGUUUAUCUUUCCGAAAUCGCACCUACGCAGUUGAGAGGAUUUCUGAUUAAUGCGUAUACUUUCUGGUUCGUCAUCGGUCAACUCCUCGGUUCAGUAGCUCUCAACAGACUGAAUGCGAAAAAUCCUUUCGACUUCCGUGAUGCGAUUUACACUCAGUGGGCAAUGAUCGGCAUGAUGCUAGCUAUCUUCCUCCUCAUCCCCGAAACACCAUGGUGGCUUGCAGGCAAAGGCAAGCUCGAAAAGGCUGAGAAGAUUCUGCUGAGGUAUAACGGCCAUAUCAAGGAUUAUGAUGUGAAGGAACAUAUCAACGUCAUGACCGCAACAAUCGCAGAAGAGCGCUACACGGCAGAACGCAAUUCCGAAGAAGGAAUUUGGGCUAUCUUCCGUGGCCGAAAUUUAAUUCGCUUUAUCAUAGCUGGCUGGCCGAAGAUCGUUCAGCAAUUCGUGGGGUUGAGUGUCUUCAAUACUUAUGCGACAUAUUUCUUCCAAGCAGCUGGAAACAAAAACCCCUUCCUCGUAACCGUCAUCCUCGGCUGCGUACAAAUCAUGUCCAUGAUCGUCACCUCUACCCUAACCGACUCCAUCGGUCGUCGUCCACUUACCGUCUAUCCCUAUGCAGUCACUGUAGCCUCAGUCCUCUCCCUUGGUAUUGUCGGCUGUUUUGAUUACACGAAACAAGCGACGAGCUCUCUAUUGGUCUUCUUCGCCUGCCUCGCCACAUUCUCCACCACCGGCGCCAGCGCAAUCGGCUACGCCUACGCCGCCGAAAUCCCCACCCAACGCCUUCGCGCUCAAACAGCUGGCUGGGCUCUUGCAUCCUCAAAUAUGAUUGCUAUCAUGUUUAGCUUCUGCACUCCAUUGAUGAUUAAUGGGACUGCGCAUUGGGGUGUUAAGACGGGUUUCUUCUUCGCAGCAACAGGUUUCAUAGCAGUGAUCAUCGCAUGGUUCCUCCUCCCUGAAGUUGCACGCCGAACACCAGCUGAAAUCGACGAGAUGUUCGAGAAGAAGAUCAACCUCCGCAAGUUCAAAGGCUACGUCACAGAUGUGCAGACACACAUGGCGGAUGCAAAUGCAAAUACAAAUGCAUAGGCGAUUAGGUCAUUCGUUCACGGAAGACCAGCAGCGUGGGAGUCUCAAAGCAGUGGAACUCCAACGUAAAGACUCUGUAAGCAUUUAAUAGACGAUCUAUCCGUACUGAUGUGUAUGGAAUUGAGUCGACUACAAUAGCCAAUUCACCAAAUUUCAAUCUCAAAGUGGAAAACCCAAAGAAUGAGAACCUGCAAUAUACCGUCCUUGCCUAC